AUGGAUACAACGCUCUUGAUCGGGGAUAUCGUGGAGAGAGAUAUCGCAGAAACCAAAAAGCCUAGUUUCCCAAAUGCGCCGCCCACAGAAACCGGGUUCCCGCAGCACAAAAAGCGAUGGACGGGUUCUGCUUUCAAGCAACAACGUGCCAAGGCAGCUGCCGCCUCAGGGAUAGAUGCUUCAACUCAAGAUAAUGCGAAGCGGAAUUUGAAAAAUACAGUACAAGAAGACCGCAAAAACUUUGAAGAGGUCGAGAAGAAGCGAAUAGACCAAGAAAACAGGGCAAGACUGGACGACAUGACCCCGCAAGAGAUUGCGCAGGCGCAGGAGGAUCUCAUGAAUGGGCUGAAUCCUGCUCUGGUUCAACGACUCUUGCAGCGUGCACGAAUUGAUGAGCCUACGGGUCCAUCUCCCUUUGACCCGCCUCCUUCAGGGGGACCGGUAGAAGAGACGCCGGCACGGACAGAGGCGGUGUCCGAAGCCGCAGGGCAAGAGCAGAAACCAUGGACGGCAAAAAAGGUAUCCUUCCAGGACAUGCCAGAAGACUUUGACGAAGACCGAGAGCCUGCACAGCUUCCAGAUGACUUGAAGGCGGCAACAGACCUGCGCAACGAAUCGACUCAUUUUCCAGCGCCUCCCAAGGUAGCUGACCUCGACCCGUCCGAUCCAGACUUUCUCGAGAAUUUGCACAAGAAAUAUUUCCCCGACCUACCAGCCGACCCAAGCAAGCUGGCGUGGAUGGCGCCGGUGCCGACCGAGGACAGCGUAGCAGACAAGGAGUCGUCCUAUUAUCCGCAUCCGGAGAUUCCCGUCGCCGCGCUUCGUUUCGACUUUCGCGGGCGGUUCCUAUCCCCCCGCGUCAGCCGGUUAGUCCCGUCGUCCAAGGGUCUGCACCACCACGGCGAGGCGCCCGAGGCGGCGGGCUACACAGUCAGCGAGCUGGCCCGGCUGGCGCGAAGCGCGGUGGCGGCGCAGAGAUGCAUGGCCUUUCAGACGCUGGGGCGCAUCCUGUUCCGCCUGGGCAAUGGGGAGUGGGGCAAGGGCAUCUAUGAUCCCAUCGCCAUGGGCGUCUGGAAGGCGGCCAAGGACGGCCGGGUACUGGACACGCUGAACGAGGCAGCCAUGGUAGAGGGUGGUCACCGCGGCAGCAGGGCCUAUGCCAUGGAGGCUCUGUGGCUGUUUGAAAAGGGCGGCUGGCGAGAGAAGGUGCAAGGACGAUGA